AUGAUCGAGUACACGGAAAGAUUCUUUCGCGGGCUAGACCUGUGGUCACUAGCGGUGGACGAAGCAUUCCUUAACGUAACACAUUCCACGGGUGGUAACGAUUAUUAUCUCUACACACUCUCGGAUGAGUGUGAUAAGUGCCCCUACACCAAAUCGCAGCGGAUUCCGGUGGGCAAGAAAAAUACUGUGUUAAAAGUCGAUGUUUCACGCCGAAUCGGAUUGCGGAUCCUUGAUCGAGAUGUCGGGAAUUAUUCUUUUGACAACGACACUGUGCUGUGUCAAUUUAGUAACUCACAAUUGGGCGAAUUUGGAGUGUAUGAUCUAAGCAUUGAUCAAACUGAUGGUAGCUGUACGUUGCAGACAGCCAAGGAGCCAGUCAACAUUUAUCUUCCUUUCCUUACGAUUAUGCUUAUCGCAUUUGUCGCGAUUGGCAUCGUUCGAUUGGCACGAUAUGGUCUGUAUCGUUCCCGGCUGGUUGGCUUACAGCAAUCUUCUUCGCGACCAGAAGCUGGUGACGUACCAGCUGCGGAAGAACACGAUAAGCAAGAAACGGAAACAUCUGCGCAGGUUACGCCUAGAAAACGCCUUCAAAGUCUGGACACGUUCCGCGGUAUUGCGAUCAUGUUGAUGAUAUUCGUUAACAGUGGUGGUGGUCACUAUUGGUGGAUAGAACACGCCACCUGGAAUGGGUUACAUGUGGCCGAUCUGGUCUUUCCGUGGUUUCUCUUUAUCAUGGGCGUAUGUGUGCCAAUUUCGCUACGCGGUCAAAUUAAUCGGAACGUUCCCCGGCGCACUAUCCUCUCUAACAUAGCCGUUCGCUCGAUAAAAUUGUUCCUCAUUGGACUUUGCCUAAACUCGAUCAACGGCCCAAGCAUGGCGAAUCUACGUAUCUUCGGCGUGCUGCAACGGUUCGGUAUUGCCUAUUUCGUCGUAUCGACCGUACAUCUGUUCUGCCACGAACAGACGGUUUCAUCGCAAAACCGUGUCCUGCGUGCAAACGAGGAUAUUUUUCGCUUAAAAAAGCAAUGGCUGAUUGUCGGACUGAUCACGUUCAUCUAUCUGAUUGUGAUAUGCUUAGUCCCUGCACCCGGUUGUCCCAGAGCCUACUUCGGACCGGGUGGGAAACACCUUUUCAAUGCGUUCCCAAACUGUACCGGUGGCAUCACGGGAUAUAUCGACCAGUUCAUCCUUGGUAUAACCCAUCUGUAUCAACAUCCGACAGCACGCUACGUUUACGAAGCGAUGCCAUUCGAUCCCGAAGGCCCGUUCGGCUGUCUUCCCACCAUCUUGCAAGUGUUUUUGGGUCUUCAAUGUGGUUGCACAAUUCUCGCGUUCACAGAACAUCGUCAGCGAAUCACACGUUUUGCCAUCUGGUCGCUCCUACUCGGUCUCAUCGCUGGAAUGUUGUGUGGUUUUUCAAAAAAUGAUGGUUGGAUACCAGUGAAUAAGAAUCUGUGGUCAUUGUCGUACGUACUGGCGACGGGUUCACUAGCGUAUCUACUGCUCAUGCUGUGCUACUUCGUAAUCGACGUGAAACGCGCCUGGAACGGCCAACCAUUCGUGUAUGCCGGUAUGAACGCGAUUGUCCUGUAUGUGGGCCAUACGGUAUUUCACAAAAUGCUUCCGUGGCACUGGCAUAUCGGUACGAUGAAUACGCACUUUAUGCUCACGCUAGAGGCGCUCUGGAAUACCGUGCUUUGGAAUCUGAUUGCUCUCUAUCUGUAUAAGCGAAAAUUGUUUUAUAAUCUCUAA